UAAAUUUGCCCAUCUGUUUCUUAUAUUAGGUUUCAACGAAAAAGACUAAUGCAUUUGGUACAUUAUACGUAGUAUCAGAAGCACGUUGCCUAGCAAACUGUCGAAAUUCUCUGUCGUUGCUUUGAUCGGGAGCAAUGGCAAGGUGUUCAUCAUCACAGAGCUUGUGAUAAAACUAGAAGUCUUGGAGUUACUACACAUCUGCUAAGGCCAAGGUCCUUCAGGAGGGUUUGAGUAAAAAUUACAGCACUGUGCAAGCAUCGGUGACAGAAUGUCCCGACCUUACAAAGAAACCUUUCAUGCUGGCUGGAGAAGGUCUAUGUGGCAAUCCAAGACUUGCAGAUAUUGGUGGAGUACCAAACUUAAUUCCUUUGGCAAAAAGGGAAAAGAUUUAUAACUUUGAAAAGAUAGCAGGCCAGUUAGACCUGUCAAAUGCAUUUAUGAUAGGUGCUGGGUGUGGGCCUGCCCAUGUUAUGAAAGUUAACACAGAGAUGAUGCCCAAUCUCAGUGUAGAUGGUGGUGGUGAUGGCAAAGUUAAUAAUCAAACCUAUUUGGGCAGGUUAAAUCCAGAUGAAAAGUCCUACGAUCUGUUUGUAUCGCCAACAACUGAUUUCAAUUUAAUGGCCAAUGUUUUCUGUUCUGAAGGAAAGCCAGGAAAGGUCAUAGAAGUGAAGGUGCAGAAGAGAGUAGGGGAGGAGAAUUUCAUGUCAUGCAUGCGCAAAGUACUAGCAGCUCAUUAUGGGACAAAGCCAGUAGCCUUGGGUGGUGUCUUUUUGGUAGAGAAAGGGAAAGUCAAAAUUCACAUUAUGCGAGACUUUUCCAAGGUCCCCUUAAACUCUGAUGAAGAGGUGAAUAAAUGGCUGACCUUCCAUGAAGCUAGUGCCCCACUUGUGGUGAUUGGAGAACUAAUAUCACACGAUCCAGACCUUGAUCUUCGUGUUGAGCACUUCCACCUGUUCAGUGACCAUGGAGAGGGAGGCCAUUACCAUACAGACACCACCCCUGAUAUAAUAGAGUACAGGGCUUACCUGAAUGUGGCCGAGUUCAUGUACAGGAUUGACAGACCCACAGAGACACAUAAUAUUGGGAGGGAUUAGAAAGGGAGGGGGGCAUUUUUAGAUGUGGUGAAAUUGAAUUGGUUAGAAGUUAUUAUUAAUAGUACUGUAUGUAUUCAUAUGUAACUGAUAUGAAGUGCCUUAAUAUUUGGAGUUAAAAUUGGUUAUUCACAUCUCGGUACAGUGGGAAAUUGUGAAUAAGAAAUGAAAAUUUGGUGCUACAGCUUCAGCCAUUGUGAAUAACGUUUUCAAUGUUUUUUUUCUUUCAUCAGGCAUAUUCUUGCAGCCUUAAUUAUAGUAUUAAAAAGUAAGCGGGCAAAUAUAACAGCAUCUUUAAAUCAUUCAAUUAAAAUUUAAGGAUUUACUAGAUAAAAAAAGGUAGUAUAUAUUUAGUUCUUUAUAGAUGUAAGAAUUAACAUGCCUUCAUAGGAAAAUUAUGCCACAGAUUAAUAUUGAAAAUUGUAAUUUAAAUUUUUUUAUAAUUUGUUUUUUCAGAGCAUUCAGAAUAUAACAUAUCAAGUCAUAAAUUACACAAUCAUGUUUUACUGCAGGGAUAUGUUUUUAUAUAUAUAUAUGAUGAAAACCUAUCACUUGGUACAAGUAGAACAUAGCAUCCGCUUAUGGAUCAUUUCUAUGGUGUGCAUCUCCUGAAUGUCAGGUGAAACAGAUUCUAGACUGUACUGUAUCAGGAACUUAUUAGAACAGGUUUAGGUUACAGAGCUUUAGUAUCAAAAUAACUUUUUUCUAUUUCCAUUUAAGUUUUAUUUUAUGGAAUUUUCACUGCGUUGAAAAUUGUUUCUACCGCGGUGAAAAUUAUUCACACUGCGGUGGAAAUUAAUUUUCACCACGGUGGGAAUUAAUUUUCACCACGGUGGAAAAUGAUUUACACGGCGAUGGAAAAUAAUUUACACCGUGGUGGAAAAUAAUCAGUAAUAAUUCCUAGCCAUCUCGGCCUGGGUAAUGUAUACAUAUGUAGGUAAUAUGAAUCCAACAUUUACCAGAUGUCUGGGAAGGAAGUUGAUAAAGACAAGCACAUGCACAUGCACGCGGUUUAACAUGUCUAUGUGCCAAUCAUGCUAGGAAUGUGGAGGAAGCGGGUUGUAUUCGAAUAGAAUAAAAACCACUGAAAUGCUGCAAUGUAGUACGUUGCUUUUCGCUUUAUAAUCACUUGCGUAUUAUUGGGGAUAUUGGUAGAAAGAAACCUCUCUGUAGUGAUAACGAGAUAUUUAUGAUGUAUUUUGGAAGCAGAAUACAUCUCUUGGACAAACACAUAACACAAAUAUUUAAAAAUACAUUGUCCAAAAAUAACCGUAAGUAAUUAGUAAUAACAAUGGGAUUCCCUUUGCAAAAAACUGCGAGCAGUUUAGCAUUUAAGACUUAAACUAUGUAGGUGGUAAAUAUAGAUGGGAAACUUAAGUUAACGGCAGGGGCCCCAUGAACAGAUCCACCAACCUUGUGUGUAUGUAACAGUAGCAUGCACCUAUUUAUCACCCGGGCCGGGAUGGCCAGGAAGUACAGCCGCGGUGAAAAUUAUUUUCCAUCGCGGUGUAAAUUAUUUU